UGAACAGCCACACAUAGACAAAGGCUUCCGUGUUGCGGUUCACGUAAUUUUAAACUAGGUUUGUACGAUGUGACAGGUGGGAGAUUGUAAAUAGAGAAUCAUCUGCAUAAUGACGCUUUUAGCUUUUUGUACUCUAAUCGCUUUCACCUUUGUUUGUUUCUUUAGGCUUUUAACGACUUACCAACGAUCAUAACAGAGAAAAAGGAACCUGCGCCAAUUUACAGUAAAGAUGGUCUGAUUUCAAGUAAAAGCAGUAAGGUGGAACAUUUUUUAUUCCGGAGGAAAGAAAGGAGUUGCCUCAGAGGAGAAAUGCGCGAGGUAAGGUAAUUGUGUUUAAUUAUAGUUUAGACUCGAGCAAGCGAUGUUCAGUAGUUAAAAAAUUUGAUAAAUACACGUGGAUUUUAUUCACAGCUUCGUUUCAAACACUUGGAAGAUCAGUCAAUCAGUGUUUAACAGUUUAAUCAGGCAGUGAGUGUCAGGUAUUUUGCAGUUUCAAAUGAACCUCCGGAAAACGUUAUUUGAGAGGGAACACCACAUUUUCAAAUACUUCCUGUUAAUGUCGAAAAUUAAACAGAGGAAGCCUGACUUUCCUUUCUAUGACAGGUCAGGUAGGUAAAUCUAAACCACCAUGACUCCCAAAAGUGGUGGGCCAAAGUAAAAGAAAGACAUCCAUAAAAUCGAAAUUGAAUGGUCACACUAUAUAAAUUCAUUCCCGGACUAAAAAGUUACAACAGCAUGAAUAAUUCACGUUAGAUGUGAUAGGCCGGCCUAAAAGUACCGAAGAGGUCUCGUUUGAAUGGUCACACUAUAGUAUUUCGUACCUGGACUAAAAUUUUCGAACUGAAUCAUCGUUAGGUGUGAUAGGCCAUGCCAACAAACCAUUCGUUUUAGAGUAUGUUUUAUGUAUUUAGAAUACGAGAAGUUAUUAUCCCAUGAAUAUAAAUUAUCGAAACAAUUUUAGUAAUCAGUGCUUGUACUGCAUGAUUCUUUUGUUUCGUAUAAAACUAUUAUACUUAUUCACGGCAAGGGAUGAUGAUCUCGCCGUGGCUUAUAUAGCAUCUUAAUGAUUUGAUCUGAAGCCACCUUAGAUCUCAAUGAGGGCAUUUUCGUGAUACUUAGUUAUGUUCCACGGCUCCUUUUUAUUUCACGUUUCACUCCUCGAAAUUUAUUUCUUUAUUUCCCAUUUGUGAAUUUUUUUUAUCCACCGUUUUUUCGUUUUCUCUUCCUCAUAUUUUUUCAGUUUAUUUCGUCAGUUUAAGAUCUUUUUUCUCUUCUAACCCAGAAGUAACAUGCGAGUGUGUGAAGAAUUGGUUUUAAAAAGCGUUAUCGGUUGUGCCCUCUCUUAGUUUGACAAGUCCAAUAUCGAUGUUUUCCUAAGUCAAAUGCGUGCAUGAGGAAUAACCCAUUAUGCUUCUCUCUUUUACUAAUACAAGUAAACAAUUUUCAACUAAGUACACAGAGCCAUUUGUAUGGUGAUCACUUUACAACAACUGACAGAAUCCUUGGGUCCUUGGGUAUAUUACAGCUAUAUUAGCUUUUGUCAAUGGUGGAGUCUCGUAAUGUGGUUCUAACUUUUGAGCGUGUGGAUGAAAUCUUAAAGUGUGACCAUUCAAAUGAAAGCUACUGAGCAGUACUUUCCUGUGGUACUGUUUAUUAUGCCGCUGAACGUGGUGAUUCUAACUUUUGAGUCUUUAAAUGAAAUCCUAAAGUGUGACCAUUCAAAUGAAAUCUUUUUGGGAAUACUUUCACAUGGAACUAUCUGCUUUUAAAUUUUUUACAAAAUGAAAAUUAUAAUUUUUUGGGAAUUUGACUUUUGUUCACCUCUAGAGGUGAUAGGGCUCAAUGUCUCACUAGCAUUUUUAAAAUUUGAUAGAAAGGAAAUGAUUUCUUAUUGUUGAAACAAAUAUAACCAGCAUGAUAGCAUUAACAGCGGUGAUUAUUAAAUGUAGGUGUGUUUUAGCAACAGUGACGCAAACUCCAUGAAAACAUUUCCUUAAAACCACAACUCUUGAUUUACUAAAAUUAGUUUGAAAUUGUUCAUAUUUGUUCAAAAGACAUGUAUGGGUGAAUCAUUCAUAUGAAAGGCUUUCACACUCGCUGAAAGAAAGGAAAAAUUCUCCGUCAUGCCCUGGAGUUACUUUUUGUGAUCAUCAUUGAAAAUUGUUGUUAUGGAGAAGACACAUCAAAAUGAACGAAGCUUGUUGUUGGUAGUUUUCCUUUCUCUGAGCAAACUUCUUAAAAGGUUUGAGGGUUUUUUUGUGAGUAAACAAAUCAAGUUUAUUUGUUUAUACUUUAUAAUACUGGCAACAAACGACAAUCGUUUUCUAAAUUAGAAAUAUAGUACUCUAAGCAAGUGAUUUUCAACUGAUAUAUUCUUCUUUUUUCACUGAAUGUAAAAGACAUGUUAAACUUUUGGGAACUAACGAUAUUUAUUAUUUAAAACGCAAGGUUGUUUUCGACCUUCAUUCUAGAAACGAAUCAAAGAUCUAAAAAACUUCUGUUAUGCCAAGGGGACAUCACUUCAUAUCUCAGUUAUCAACGAGCAUAUCGCACCGUAACUCAAAACGAGCAUUACUAUGGAGAAGAAGAAGAAUGUUUUGCGGCAAAUGGAAAACGUGGGACGGAUUCAAGUAGAUAAUUUCUCAAAUUAAGAAAUGAGAAGAAAAAGCUGUGCAAAAUCACCCUUAUGGAUGAAACGACCAUAAAACCACUUAUUUCUUUGUAGGUGAUAAUGAACAGUAAACGACUCCAGUGAAGUAGAGAAAACUUGGUCACGUGGUACAAAUUGACGUUUCCGUUUUCCGUAAACGUGAUUCAAAAUCUCUCUAUUGUCAACUCAAGUUUACUUUUCCCCGCCGUUGGAAACGUUCACUUUAAAUAAGGUUUUAAAAAAAGGUCGAAAACGGCACGAAAGAUUAUCACUCAAGUGAUAAACGACUCGUAAGAACGCUUGGUCGCGUGGUUCGAAUUGACCCGUAAAAGUGUCUCAAAAUCUGUCCAUUGUCAACUCAAGUUUAUUUUUCCGCGCCAUUGGAAAGCGUUCACCUAAAACAAGGCAAAAACGUCACCAACGGCACAGCAGAUUAUCUCUCAGGUAAUUUCCGCUCUUCCAAAUGACGGAGGCCACACUGAGUUCAAAACCUCAGCCUCAGGUUUUAAGUUUUAAUCAUUUUUUGAAGCAGCUGCACUGAAAACACAAACGUCCUACUUGGCAGUUUUCAAUUGAAUAGUCGUGCGAGGAUUUUACUCAUAUACCGUACUCAGCUUUAGAACUACCUUCAGGGUGACCGCAAAACGGACUUAAGUAUAGUCAAACUCUGUGGGGGCCAUAGAAAGUGUCGGUAUCAACGGGUGUGCGCAUCAAGCGGGUUGAAUUCAGAGAAAAUCUAAGAGCUUUCUUUCCCCAGGGACAAAGCAAACUGUUCGUAAUAACGAGGUGUUCGUAUUAUACGGGUGUUCGUAAAGCGGAGUUCGCGACUGUACAAAAAGUGCCCAUCUGUCCGCAGGCGAGUUGAUCGUUCUGUGAUGGUUUUAGUGACGUCUCCGGUGAUUUAUACUGAGAAAAACCAUGACAAAGUGAAUUUAUUUGUUUUAAGGGGAAAGAGGAAAGGAAGUCGAAACUGGUAUCGCUCGACAGUGACAAGGAAAGUUGAAAAAUGUCUUCCAUAUUGGGUGAAAUAGAGAGUGAGAAAAAUUGUCCAUUUUUCAUAUAUGUGUUUGCUUUUUCUCCUAUUUUUCUCCUAAGAAACUGCCAAUACUUCUAAAUACAAAUAUAAGAGCUCUCUUUAGCGAUUUUUAUCGGUCAUUUAUUGGUUUUAAACCCGCUUUUUCUCUGUUUUCUAUAUAUAAACUGAUGUGACCGACAACUAGUGUAUCCCCAGUCAAUGAGAAUGAGGGACUGAUUUGCUUCUGAGUAAAUCAUAGUUUACCCUUUUAACCCUUAGAUCAAAAUUUGAAUUCUCAUUUGUUGCCCCUAUUCAUUUCCUACAGAAUUUGUGGGGAGAAGUUUAUAAAUAACAAGCAAAUUCACCCUGUGUGAUCAUGUCCGUAAUUGUCAUGGCCACUCUGUUUACAAAGCAUUGAUAUCACAAGCAGGAAUUUGAUGCUGAUCGCUUUUAGGGCUUAAAGGACCCAUGUGACAGGGAUACUGCUGUUUUCGGUCAAUUCUGUGCUAAAAACAUCACUAAGGGCUUUUUCCCCUUUCCAUCAUGUAGCCGUAAUAUUUUUUUGGUGAUUUCUGCAGCAUAGCAUUAAAAUUUAAAACAAGUUGGAGCCAGUUUUUUUCAAGAUUUAAUCGAUGUCCAUCCUUGCCGUCCUUUGCAACGGACAACGGAAAACAGUUUCAUUGCCUAAAUGAAGUCUUAAAUGAUAAAACUGGACCAUUAUUUUUGGAAUUCAGUUGGUGCGAAAAAAGUUUUGGCAUUUUGAAAAAGAUGGCAAAUAACAUGACAUAACCCUUAUAAUGAACAGUCAAGUAAACAAAAUAAACAGCAGGGUAUUCCACACAUGAAAAAAGUAAUUAAAUUAAUCUAGGAUUAGUUUGUUUUUAUUUUUGUCGAACUUUCACUCUUGCCCUAUAUCAAAACGGAAAACAUCCGUGAUUGUAAAGAGGCUGAAACUUUCCUGAACGUUUCUCAAAGGUUUGAGAUGGAAGGUUCCUCGCACCUUUCUGAAAUUUACACAGCUUCCUGUAGUUUUGUGUUCCGGUGUUUCAAAAGUUCAGUAUUCCAGUUUUCCGGUCACGUCUCUCUCUCUCACUCAGACAUGCGCAUUGCCCUUUAGGAACUUCAAUUCAAUGCUCCAAAAAACGUUUCCACAGUACUGAAAUAUCAAUUUUUCAAGUUCAGGAUCAUAGUAUGUUCAAAAAGGGUUAUUAAAUUUUGAAAAUAUCGUGAUUUUUCAGCUCCAAUAUGCUCAUGUUGACGCCACUGAAAUUUCAAUAAAUAUUGAAACAACAUUGUACAUGUUUUCUCAUGUGUUAAGGAAAGAAUAAAAGAAGCGAUUCAGAUGCUGUCGGGAAUAAAUCAAAAUACAGGUCGGAAUGCAUUUCCACUCAAGCAUAAUAGAUUGUCUGCUCUCGAACAAAUGCAAUUUAAAUUCCCCUCUUCAAUACGACAAUUAUUUCAGUGUGAAGAGGACUGUCAGGGACUGUCAAGCUUUCUUUUGUGGAAAUUAUCUGUUGUAACGAUCUAACGGAGCGGCCAAGUUUAAGAGUAACUGUACGUGAGUGAUUACUGUUCUCACUCGUUAAUUGUUUUUAAAUUAUCAUCUCUUUAAGACUAACUGAUCAAUGUGAUGUGCAUGCACAGCGAGCGGGUUAUUUAACACAUUUUUGACUAAGUCUUUUUAUUGAUGCUUUAUUUAACGCUGUGAAAAUGAACAUUUCGCGCACUGAUCUGAAUGAAAUUGUUCAUUAUUUUGUAUAAGGCAUCAAUGUUAUCAUCUUCCAUUUCACCCACAGAACAACUUGAAAAGAACAAUGGAAAUGGCCGGAUGGCAAUUUGACAACUGAUUACCUCAAGAAAAUGGCUUCCACGGGCUCGACAAUUCCCGAUAUAUCCAACAACACAUCUUCCAGGAAAUUGGGUCUUACUACACCAAAAAACCUUGAUGAUGAUGUUGAAAACUCUUCUCUAAAUCCAUUCGUCAUUGGAUUAAUCCUAGAAUCAGGUAUUCUAGCCGUGGUAUUUGGAAAUCUUUUGGUUCUUCUGUCUCUCCGGGUGCAAAAAUACUGGGCCAUUACCGAUAUCCUUCUCCUGUCGUUAUCCACUGCUGAUUUCGUUGGCGGAUCUUUUCCUCUUCAAAUUGUAAUUUUCAUGAAUUAUUUCCUCCAACAGAACUGGACAGAAUUUCUUUGCGGUUUCUUCAUUGUUAUGGUGCACACUCUUCGUUUCGCUUCCGCGGGUACUGUUAUACUUAUUACAAUAGAGCGUACAUUAAUGAUUCUAUGGCCUUUAAAAUAUCAUACAAACAUCACGAUUUCGCGAAUCAAGAAAGCUGUUUUGUUUAAUUGGCUCAUGGCUGUGUUCUUUGCAAGUCUCCCCUUCAUGGGAGUUGGAAAAUCUGGCUUCGAAGACGGGAAAUGUUUUUAUCACUUAUCAGACUUGGGCAGAACAUACGCGAUAUUAAUUGUAUCCACGUCAUUCGUGCUUUUAGCAAUAGUAUUAAUAUGCUGGAUUGCUAUCAAGUUGUCAAGUACGAGGUUUAUACGAAGACAGACAACAAUGGACACGAAAAAUAAACGCGCGGGAAACGAUGUGUCCCGAGGGUCGAUUCCCGAAGAGUACUGUGAGCGCUCGAGGGAAAGACGCAAAAGGAACCCUUCUGGUGUGCGCGAAAUCCGAAGACUCUCUCGAAUGAUGGCUGUAGUGGUGUUCCUCUACUUCAUCAGCUGGCUUCCAAUCCUGGUGAGUUUUGGUGUCUAGUUUUGUUUUUGAAUGAAGGAUUUUCUAUUCAAAACAAUACCCUGCUAUGAUCUGGUAGAGUUAUAUACCCUGUAGAUAUUGUGAAGUUUUAAUUCUUGUUGAAUAUUUUUACCAGUACUCGAACUCGUCUUAAUUAGGAUUAUCAAUAGGCUGCUCUCCCAUAAAACAUCUGUAUUGUUAUUUUAGGAAAGUACUCUCCCAUGUUCCCCUCCUGGGGGCUGAGAGAAACUCAUUGAUGAGGCCUGGAUGACAAGGGGUGAAAGACUGUGAGAAUAGGGGGAUGGAGGGGAUGGGAGGGGGACCGGAGGUGGAAGUUCUAAAAGGGUGAAAAGCGGAAUAGAUAGGAGGAAAUCGGGGGGGUACUUUCUUAAGGGAGGCUAAUGGGGAUGUGCCGCUGGAUGGGGUCGCAUUUUCACGACUGGUCGUAUUUUCAAAAGAGUUACCAGGAUGGGGUCUCACAUUUCCAGAUUUUUUGGGGUAAGACAGAUCUUCAUAUUUACGAUUAGCAAACGUACCAGAAUGUUUAUACUGUAGAUAAAAAGUAAAAGUAAAGUGUUCUUCAUUCAAUCUACGUGAAAUGGGCCAAUUUAUGAAAUGACUAAGUUGGGUUGCGAAAAUUACAUAUUUGCCCAAAAGUGACUAAGAUGGGGUCUAUAAUUGGCCACAGAAUAGACUAUAAUGGGGUAGGGGCUCUGAGAGGUCAGCGGCACAUACCCAGCAAAAAUUAACCCAAGUAACCCUUCCGGCAUCCUCGGAGACCCAGGGGCAGAUAGUGGGGACGAGGGAAAGUCUAAACGGACGGAAAAAUGUGGCACGAAGAAAAGUAGAGAACGGCGUUCUUUACUUUUCUUCGUUCCAUAUAUAUUUUUCUGCCCGUUUAGACUUUCCCUCUCCCCCUUUAUCUGCCCCUGGGUCUCCGAGGAUGCCCUUCCGGGGAGGAAAUUAUGCAGCAAUGCUUGAUGUUUCGCAAUCAAACAAGCGCUAAAGAGAAGUUAAGAAUAAGGGGGCGAGAGCCGGGAAUGAAAAGUACGGGAAGUCGGAGGUUUGGACUCCUGUUCCCCCACCCAAAAAGAAACUUUGUUGGAAGUCAUUUUUUCCCCUAGUUGGGUUUCCAGCUCAGUAAAUACAGCAGAGAUUGAAUCAAACAAGAACGCUAAACUUUCUUUUCAGAUAAGUAACAUAGUUAACCUGGUAACAGAGAAGAGGUCCAGUAAACUGGUGGUACUUCUCACAGGAAUGGUAUCUCUUAUCUACGCUCUGGCCAACCCCAUCAUUUAUGGUACAAUGAGCAUGCGCUAUAGGUGGGCUUACAAGCGAGUCUUUGGUGCGGCGUGCAGUAUAUGUGGAUGUACACAAAGACCAAGAUCUCUGAGCGCUUCGUCAAAUUUAAGUAAGUAUAAAAGAAGUUUUCUUCUUCUAAUUUUGCUGUCUUUUAUGUCCGACCACCUCUCGUAAGCGACCACCGAAAAUAUUUAACAAGAAUUUCCUCACCCUCGUACCCAGCGUCUUCGUUCCCCUUGACUAGAGCAUGCGCAUUAAGGGACGAAGACUCGAGGUGCGAGAAUGGAAUUUCCUUAGAAAGCAUUUGCUUUAGAGGGGAAAUAUGUGAAUGUAUUACAUCGACAACAAUUUCCGUUGAUGCGAAACAGGAGUAGUAGCCCAACUUAACUGACAAGUAUUAGUAAAGUCGGAUGAAAUAUUUUUUCGAUUCACGUCUGAAUGUUGAAAAAUGUCACUCGGCGUCCGUCAUAACAUGAGUCGGGACGAUGGAAUAGACCUAUUCCACUAACUCAAUGUUGUACCCAAUUCAGAUCUCCCGGGGUUAAGAUUCUUUGUGUAUUGUAUUUGCAUUAUAAUGUGGCAUUCACAUUUAAGUGAUACGGAAAUUCCUGAAACAAAACGUUUUAUGCCCAAAGGGUUUGAAUUGGUUACAACAUUAAGUUAGCCGAAUAGGUCUAUUGGGCCUUUGAGAUCUAGAAAAAUGUCACCAAGGCCCUAAUUCACCACUUUAGAAACGAGAGGGGAACUGGAACCGAAAAGUGUCCGGCAAUUGUUUAGUUCCCUGGCCUUCUCGAUGCAGAUUGCACAAUGGACCAUUUAGCGAAUCAGACUGGGCCGGUGUAGUGUCGAAUUGCAUUAUGGGAGUGUUUGAUGGCUUGAGCCCAUGUAAAUGGGAUAGCGUACCUUAUUCUUACUAAUUUUCGCGAGUAUUAAAUUUCGCGAUUUUUUUAAAAUCGCGAAAUUUAAUACCAUUUUCGAAACCAAACAGUGAGAAUUUUGUUCUUAGUCCGGGUUUUUUUUGUACUUUGCACAUUAACUGAACAUCUCAAGUUGCAUUUUAAGCACUGAACUGUAUGAUAUACAUUGCAUAGAUAGCAUACAACACAGCAAGCAGUUAUGUUUUCUCUUCUUAAAGGUUCUAUAUAAGGCAGUUAUAAGUUUACCAUCUUGCUUUGAAACACGUAUGUUUUAUUGAUUUGUGACAAGUGCCCUCUGCUCAGGAUUUACGAAAAUUAAACGAAGACAAAAUCGUGAAAUUUAGUACGCUUUUCCCUAGUUUUUUGGCAAUCCCGAAAAUUAGUACUCGAGAAAUCCGGCUCCUAGUUACUCGCGAAAUUAAGUACUCGCGAAAGUACCCAUAACAGUCCUAUAAUGCAAUUUGAGAUCACCGACCCAAGUCUAAUGCAUUACCUCAUGCGUCUAAUAAUGCUAUUGUUCCAUUGCGAUUUAAGGUAUGUCCCGUUCACGGGCUCUAACAGUUUCACAGUUAUUCAGUGACCUAGCGUCCAAAGAAACCGCCGCCAAAGAAGGGAAUCAUGGGAGACAAAACACUGCGUAUGAGCAAGCAGAAGACGCCGUUUAUGGAAAAAGUAAUGAUGUUACCGUAAGCUCAGAUGAUCUCUCCGGUGGAACCAGGGGUAUGGUUAGCUGCUAAGCCCUUGAAGCGAAACACACGUCUUUCCUUAAACGAAAGGCAGAACAGUAUAUCUCGAAGUCGGACAUCCUCGUAUGUGGAGUCGUGUCAGAUAAAAUUAAGCCAGUAACCUACUGCCAUUGAUUCAAAUUUAUGGCGUCCUUGCAAACUUCACAUUCAGUAAUUCUUAUGAGGGUAAAAAAAGAAACUCCAAAAUUAUAAGGGGAAUGGGUACAAGCUUUCGGCACAACGAAUUCUGGGAUCAUUUGGGUGGACGAACGUUAAUUGUGAUUGGUUAAUGGUAACCUUGAGAUUCAUCGACCAAUCAUAGCUAAGCUUGUCUACCCAAACGAUCCCGGAAAUCACUGCACCAAAAGGCUAUGCCCAUUCUCCCUAUAGUUUCUCAGACGGGGAUUAAGACCCAUCUAGCAUGGCGAUCAUUUCCAGGUACUUCUACGAAGUACCAUUGUUUGUUUGAUGAAUCAUGUUUUACGUGGUUCUUUUAAGUAAGUUUACUCUAAACCUGCCUUAGCACUGGUGUGAGAAACCUAAAGCCUUUGGAAUUAAAACGAAUACUUGUUUACACUGAGAAUCUCGUGUUUCUGUCCAAAAUUUAUUACGAGUUACAUCAUUAUUAAGGCCGGUCUACCA